AUGGCGAGGUUCGCUGCGCUCGCCGUGUGCGCGGCCGCGCUCCUUCUCGCCGUGGCUGCGGGAGGCGCCGCGGCGCAGGGCGUGAGCUCGGUCAUCACGCAGUCGGUGUACGACACCAUGCUGCCCAACCGCGACAACUCGCUCUGCGCCAGCGGGUUCUACACCUACGAUGCCUUCAUUGCUGCCGCCGCCGCCUUCCCGUCGUUCGGCACCACAGGCAGCGCGGACGACGUGAAGCGCGAGCUCGCCGCCUUCUUCGGCCAGACCUCCCACGAGACCACCGGAGGGACGCAAGGCGCUGCCGACCAGUUCGAAUGGGGCUACUGCUUCAAGGAAGAAAUAACCCCCACGUCUCCACCCUACCAAGGACGCGGACCCAUCCAAUUGACAGGGCAGUCCAACUACCAGCUCGCCGGGGACGCCAUCGGAGAGGACCUCGUGGGCAACCCUGACCUGGUGGCGCAGGACCCGGUGGUGUCCUUCAAAACGGCCAUAUGGUUCUGGACGACGCCGCAGGGCAACAAGCCCUCGUGCCAGGACGUCGCCGUCAACCGCUGGACGCCGACGGCCGCCGAUACCGCUGCGGGGCGGGUGCCCGGAUACGGCGUGAUCACCAACAUCAUCAACGGCGGGCUGGAGUGCGGCACGGGCCCGAACGUCGACAGGAACGUCGACCGUAUCGGCUACUACACGCGCUACUGCGGCAUCCUCGGCACGGACGCCGGGGACAACCUCGACUGUUAUAACCAGCAGAACUUCGCCCAAGCCUAG